AUGUUCCCAAAGACUGGCCACGAUGUGGCCUUGAAACGAGUCGUUGCUGUUGCUUCUGACAGAACCGAUCACGUGAUUGUGGACGAGGAACGAGAGAGACAGGAAAGAAACCAUGAACGCUUUGCUGAUAUACUUGAACAGCUUGAGAGGAGAACCGAAGAGCUUCAAGUGCUUCAACGACUAAUAGAAUUUCGACUAAGGGAAGUAGAAGAGGAAGCUAUUCGAGUAAGAAUUUCAAGACUACUACAUCUUAGUGAGAUUGCAGCUGGUGCGGAGAGCAAAGAAAAUGAGUCUUUGAUAAGGAGUUCCGCUUACGGAAAAUGUUCAAUUUGCUUGGACGAAGAACCAUUGGAUCCAGUAGGAUGCAUCUACUGUCAGCAGCUAGUCGGUUGUCGCAGGUGUGUGAAUCGUUGGUAUCUGCUGGCUCGCAUUGGUGAAAGACACCACGGACAAUGCCCACUGUGCAGACAUGAAUGGUUGGAUCAAGCAGAAGUGAUGGGGAUAUUCUUCCUGAAGAAUGAUUUCCCCUAA